AAUGAUUGCGUUGAGUGGCUACAGGGCCACAAUAUAAAGAGAUAGCAGAGGAUCAGUGCAAUAGUGCUUUAGGUCUGGUUUGGCCUCAACCAAUCUGUCUGGGAAAUACAAUAUAGUUUGCCAUGGCUGUUGGGUGCAUUCUCAGAGUGUCUUGGUUUUGUUUGUUGCUGUUUGGUGGCAGUCUUCCUUUUCCAUCAAUGAAGGGUUACAGCUAUACCUCCAAGACUGACCAUCCUGAAAUUGGGGGUGAUAAAGAUGACGAGCUACAAACUUCUCAUACUCUGAUGUUUGAUGCAUAUAGCCAAGAAAAAGGAUAUUCAGACCGAAGCAAAAAAGUCCCACUAGCUGCAGCUCCAAAGCAGGCUCCGUUGAACCCCGAGGAAGGGGCGAGGAUCCAGGGAGGCAGAGCUGUGGAGUUUGGACAGAAAAAUGCUGAGAUGGAAGACCAGAAACUAGUCAAGCCAGUGACAUUCCCUCUAAACCCUCCCAACCAGCAUGAUUACUCUUUUGAGGAGCAGAGGGGCAGCACAAAGCCUCAGUUCCCUAAGCCUUCUACCAAACCAUCUUCAAAACUGGCAGGCUCUGACCUUAUCCCUCCUACUCCAUAUCUGUUGAUGGACGGUGGUGCAUUCAGUAGUGGUCCUACUUUGGAGUCUAAACAAGUGUCUAAAAGUGGCCGGUACAUUGGUCCUACCAAGAACCUCAACUUCCAGGCUGGUGAACAAGAGGGCUCACAAAUCAAUGCGGACCAGCCAAGAAGGUUGUCCUAUGUUACCUACAGGACCGAAAGAGGGAAGCCAGUAAUCUCCAUUAAUUCAGGUAACGUGGCCCCGGCAGCUCCAACCAUUAGUGCACAGACUCUGCAGGCUGACGCAGUAUCUAGAACUGACACUAAAGGGGGUUACUCUAGCUCUGCACUGUAUCUCGAUGUCCAGGCUGGUUCACAAAGCUACUCCCCUAACCUUGUCUAUGAGGACUUUUCUCAAUACCCAGCUGCUGAAACUGCACAGCUUCCUUCAGAAGAGAGUGACCUCUCCGACUACAACUCUGUGAAUGUGGUCCAGCCAAGCACUUGGUCUUCUGCUCCCUACAUGACUAGAGAAGAGGAGCCGGUUUACGUCAGUAAUUCAGGUGACAGGGCCCAGGCAGCGCCGACCAUUAGCGAACAGCCUCUGGAGGCUGAAGCAGUACCUAGUACUGACACUAAAGGGGGUUACUCUAGCUCCUCAGUGAACCUCAACUUCCAAGCUGGUGCACAAGAAGGUUCACAAAGCUAUUCCCCUAACCUUGUCGAUCAGGCUGUUUAUCAAUACCCAGCUGCUGAAGCUGAACAGCGUCAUUCAGAGGGGGUUGACGCCUCCAAGUAUGACUCUAUGAACGCCUUCCAGCCAAGCACUUGGUCCUCGGCUUCCUACAUGACCAAAGAAGAGCAGCCGGUAUUCUCCAGUCAUACAGGUGACUGGGCCCAUGUUGCUCCUGUGGAAACCCCUGCCUAUCCAAGCUAUGUGGCUGAUUUCGGCUUGGACUCUACUUCAAGUAAAGCCGCUGCACAACCAGUCCUCUUCAGGCCACUGAAGAAGGCUCCUCAGCUGUCCAGCUCCAAGUGGCUUCAGAGGCCGAAGAAGGCGAGGGACCAGACUGCAUCUACCUACAUUGUCCAAUCCAAGGGCUCACACCGCCGAAGCCGCCAGAUGUUAUCCAAGAAGAAGUACUUCAGCGGUUUCCCUCCACCGCCCCCAUUCGUGCUUAUGGCUCUGAGACCGUAAGGGGUAAAUGGUGACCACUUGGCCUUCAAUCAAUUUUUCCCACUUGCUUAUGGAUUUCUACAGACUAUACCUUCAGUAACGCUUAACACUUUCAGCAUAAAAGCUUGUUCCCUGUAAAGAAUAAACAAAAUGUAACU